UAAAAAUAAAACAUGUCGGAAAAUACCAGGUCAAUACAUAUUCUAUUUCAUGUGGGUUUUUCCGUUUCGUAUUUGACAGACAAAAGGCUUGUUUUAGCCAUACCGGGUAUAUAAGUUUAGUACAUGUAAAAGUCAUCAGACAAGGAAAACGGGAUAGACAGCGACAGUCGAUCUUAACAGUAGGCCUACGUAAACCGACACGUCCACUGGCCAAGAUGGCAGCUAGCAUUGUUGUCGAUACAGCAGCCGCUCUGUCUGAGGUAAAUAAAGCCCUGCAGAAUAUCAAGGAAGGCCUUUAUCAAGUCAAGGUCUCUCAGACGGAUGCUACCGAGCUGCAAAGAAAACUCGAAGGGGAGUUGUUUGAAAAGUGGGAAGAGGGCUGUGAGGUGAUGGCAGCCAAGAACAUUGCCAUUGCAAACAUAACACAGUAUCUGGAUCAUAUGCAGAAAGCCUACGAAGGCAUAGACGCCGACAUGCGGGAGAAAAUGAACGGAAUCCAUUGGUCCGAAGACUGGCACUACAAGAUCAUGGAAUUCAAGUUCAACAAGAAAGAUCAGUCGGGAGCCAGGUACGGGAUGGUGGCCUUCGGAAAGUCCGCUGACGGUCUAUCCGUCGACUGUAUGUACGUCCUGUACAAAAUGGACUUCAAGAUCGCCCCGCAGAGGAUCGUCACGGAGAAGAAUCACAGCGCUGUCUUUGGUCUUUUCCAAUGGACCACCCACGAAGAGAAAAUUGUAGAAAGAGAUCUCGGGCUUAAGUCUGUCCAACUGCUUCAGAAUUUCUUUCGUAUGAAAGCUCUCCAAGGGUUCUACAAAGAGGGGGUGAUAGAUUCCAUCAACUAUGUACCUUCCAUAGAAGAUGUUGGGGAAGCCGUAAUAGACGCACAGUAGUGAAUUAGAACUGACAGUUGAAAUCCUGGCAAGAAUAAUGAUAUUGAAAGUGAAACCAAGUUAGAUGCAUGAAUUAGCAGUACGUGAUCUACAACGAUAUAUAAAUACUUUUACUUUUACUUGUUUUUUUUUGUGGGGUUUUCGUUUCGUAUGCACUUUUUAAUGCAAAGAUAAUUUGAAAAAAAUCCAUCUUACAGCCGAACACUUUACAUAGGCAAUAUAUGCACGAACAAUUUUUUUUUCGUCUAAAUCAACAACCUAUAGUUAUGCUUGUAACUCUAUAGGCCCCUAUAUUUAAGUGCUCGUCGUAAUUUUGAAGAGUGUUUUCCAAAUCUUUAGGGCCUUAGGCGAAAUUAAUUCUUGGUGUUGUGUGUGUGUGUGGGGGGGGGGGUAUGUACAAUGCAUGCUGACAAUUAGUACCUACUGUACAUGACGUUCGUCUACAUGUAGACGCCUACUGAAGACAAGGUGCUGUGUUUGAGACUCUCGAAGAGCUUAGACAAAGGAUAAGGAAUUUCCCCCCAGCCACCGCCCUCCCUCUCUGAUACCUGUGGCCCAGUAGCAGAAGUAAUAGUAUUGUUAUCUAAAAAGUUAUUAUAGUGUAUUAGGCCCUCAAUAUAAUGAGCAAUAUUAAUUAUCUGCCACAUUGAGGUUGGUUCAUCCAAAUACUUAUACAUUGUACCUGAACUUUGGGUUUUUGGAAAAAAGAAUGCCUCAUAAGUACACCUAGCGACUAUUUUAUAACCCGUGAUUCCACUGCAUAUACAAACUGUCCCCUAUAAGUACACCAAAUCAUUCAGUAUUUUAAAAAUGUGUAGUUUUAUACAGAAUAGGACUGCUCCCUGCUAGAUUUCACCAUUAAAGAGAUUCUUUUCUGGUCUUUAAACAAAGUGGGCGUUAAAGAAAGAAAGAGAGAAGAGAAACUGUUUGCUCAGUGUCAUAUUUUGAAUUUUUUGUGUGUACAAGUAUGAGGCAAUAAAUAUUUUUAGUGC